UGAAAAUCCUGUGUUCGUCCCAGCACUAAGUAAUACAAGUGUUAUUUUUUUAUUAUUUAAGUAUUGCUUAUUAUGCCAAACAAGUCUUUAAACUUUGAUACAUUUGUGGCACAUCAAUUAAGAUAUGAAAUAUGGAUUUUAGUAUUGAAGACCUGUUUUUAGUAUUUGAGUUCAUUGACUCACAAAACACUAUGAAUGAAACUUUAACUCCUGCUUUUUUCUAUACUGUUGGAAGUAAUGGUUGAAGUUUAAUUUAAAUUGAAUUAUAUUUAAUCAAUCCUAUACAGGCUUUUCAAAAGCAUGGAUUAAAGUUUUUUGAAUAAAGUCUCAUGCAGUGUAUUUGUUUUCCUGAGAGGGACAAAUUGCUUGGUAAUUUUUUUUCAAGCCGUUCUUGUGUGCAUGUGGAGUGUCAUUUCUGAUUGAACCUUUCCGUUCCAGACCCAGUCAGUUAGUAGCACACUACAGAAACACAAAUCCUCCUCCUCAUUUACACCCUUUAUCGAUCCACGGCUGCUGCAGAUUUCUCCAUCCAGUGGAAUGACUCUAACAUCUGUGGUAGGGUUUGAACCUAUAAGGCCAGAUGCUCUGAGACAGGAUCCUACAAGGAAGGGGUCAGUGGUUAACGUGAAUCCCACCAACACUAGACCUCAGAGUGACACCCCAGAAAUCCGCAAGUACAAGAAAAGGUUCAACUCGGAGAUCCUGUGUGCUGCAUUAUGGGGUGUCAAUCUGUUAGUAGGUACUGAAAGUGGUCUGAUGCUGCUGGACAGGAGUGGGCAGGGAAAAGUGUAUCCAUUGAUUAGCAGAAGGCGCUUUCAACAGAUGGACGUGCUUGAAGGCUUGAAUGUCCUGGUGACAAUAUCAGGCAAGAAGAACAAACUGCGAGUGUAUUACCUUUCCUGGUUACGGAACAAGAUUUUGCAUAAUGAUCCUGAAGUAGAAAAGAAGCAGGGUUGGACUACAGUUGGCGAUUUGGAAGGCUGUGUGCACUAUAAUGUUGUAAAAUAUGAGCGAAUCAAGUUCUUAGUGAUUGCUCUGAAGAAUUCUGUGGAAGUCUAUGCAUGGGCCCCAAAGCCAUACCAUAAAUUUAUGGCCUUUAAGUCUUUUGGAGAAUUGAUACACAGGCCACUGUUGGUGGAUCUGACUGUUGAAGAAGGGCAGAGAUUAAAAGUCAUCUAUGGUUCCAGUGCUGGCUUCCAUGCUGUCGAUGUGGACUCAGGGACGGUUUAUGACAUCUACCUGCCAACACAUAUCCAGAGUAGCAUUCAGCCACAUGCUAUCAUCAUCCUGCCCAACACUGAUGGAAUUGAACUGCUGGUGUGUUAUGAGGAUGAAGGAGUCUAUGUGAACACUUAUGGAAGGAUCACCAAAGAUGUGGUUCUGCAGUGGGGAGAGAUGCCAACCUCUGUUGCAUACAUCCGAUCCAAUCAGAUCAUGGGCUGGGGAGAGAAGGCCAUUGAGAUUCGUUCAGUAGAGACAGGUCACUUGGAUGGCGUUUUCAUGCACAAACGGGCGCAAAGGCUAAAGUUUCUCUGUGAAAGGAAUGACAAGGUCUUCUUUGCCUCUGUGCGCUCUGGUGGGUCUAGCCAGGUUUACUUCAUGACUCUCGGCAGGAGUUCCCUUCUCAGCUGGUAGAAGAAAAACAGGUUGAACAAAAUGGACAACCAGAGUCUUAACAAGAUCUGAAAAUAAAACAAACAAAAAAAACAACCUUGAACUAAUCUACAACUGGAGAACAACCUGCACUGAGGCCAUGCGUUCUCUACGGCUGUCACUUGGUGAUAAUAGAUUUUAGAUAUUUAAAAAUAAAUUAAUUGAAACAUAAGGCUGUUAGGCCCUUUGGUGCUGUUAGAAAAUGGCUGUCAGAUGCCAAAAGCACUGUGGCUCUGACACAUUAGCCAGCAACACCUCAUCUCAGCUGCAGAUUUCCUUGGCAUCAGACGACUCUUUGUUGAUAUGAGAAAAUAAGAGCCCGAUCAUGAGUGAAGUAGUUGGAUAAACAUUAGACACGCGGGUGCAAGUGCAAGCAAGGGAGGGUGUCUGUUUUGGUAAAGAGGGAUACAAUCUAAAAUAUUAAUACUAUAGCAUAUUUAAAUGUUUGUUAUCUUUGGUAGUGCAGCAAUGCAAAGACCAGAUGAAGGUACAGGUUUUAGUGUUUUUAUAUAGAAAACAAAUAAAAAGGCAAAAAGGAGGUGUUUAGCAUCAAGAGUGAAAGGGGGAUAUUUGGUCAUUUUCUGUUCAUCAGGUUGUGCCUGAAUGCUGAGGAGUGGAAUCAGGAUGUUCACGUAUAUUCUGUGUUAGGCUGGGAUGGGGUUACAUCACAGGGUAAAGAUCCUGCUUUUAUUUUAAGGACUGACUUUUAAAAAAAAAAAAAAAAAAAAAAAAAAAAGAUCCCACCCCACCCCCCCGGUC